UUAUUUUUAGAUGGUAGGCUGUAAUGCAGAACUAUGGGUUAGCUUUAUGUUUGUUUCUGAUAUUACUUGUUUGCUGGAGUAAAGUGGUUGAUGGUAAACAUAUUGAAUGCAGGCGAAAGAAGUCAGAAAAUUCAAAGUAUUUAAAUAAAAGAAAAUGUUACUGUUAUAAUGUUACAGGUCCUGGGUGGAGUAAGAAAGAAGUUAAACCAGCCCCAGCAGUUUACAAUCUUUCAUUAGUUCAGUCUGCCUAUAAUAUCUCAAAGGGUGAAACUCGAAUUGGUGUUGAUAUUACUUGGACACAAAAGAGUUCUGAUAUUGAAUAUAUAGACCCAGGGUACUUCAUUGAAGUUGUAGACAGAAGCAGCAAUGAGGAUUGGCAAUAUAAAUGUCUUAUAAAAGUUAACAAUUCAAAAACCGAAAUGGUGACGUUUCGCUACACUUUUAAAACUAUUCAACACCGUGAUGAAAUAGUACCAGGAAAAACUUUCUACAUAAAAAUAUUUGGACUUCCAAUGUACAAUAAAGAUGACACGCCAUCAUCUGUUAAAGGCGAAAUAAAAAUAAAAAAAUGUGGAAAUACUCAAUCCUGUAUUCAUGAUAAAAAGAAAAAAACAAACAAAAAAAACAAGCGAAUAAAAGGUUCAAAUUUGCGCCCAAAGGAAGAAAAUAAUGUAAAGAAUAAAAAUAAAGAUAACGUACCAUUCGAACAUACAAUACUAGUUGCUGUAUUCGCCACCGUAGCAGUGAUCUCAGUUAUUGCCAUCAUUGUUUAUAAAACUUCACAAAGGGAAAGAGAGAAACUACCAAAAGAAGUUCGACAUAUUUUAGUAAUCGGAGAUUACAUUGAAAGAUACACACCGGUGGUCAAUCGAUUAAUUGAAAUUUUCAGAGAAGAUAACGUUGAAAUUCAUUCAAAUAUACGACAAGUUUCAGAAGUGGGACAAAAUGGUAUCAUAACAUGGACGACAGAAGCACUGGAAAAAGUGGAUGUUGCAAUAUUUGUUGUAAACAGCUUGUCACAACUUAGAAACGAAGAUGUAACAGUAAUUAAACAAAACGGAAAAGAUCAAUACUCUCCUGUUAAAAUAGCUAUUAGAAUCGCAGAAAACAUUGCACUGAAAAAAGGUUUCAAAAACUCCAGAAAGAAAUUCAUAGUUGUAGAUUUGAACCAAUGCAUCGUCGAAAAUCCCUUAAUAAUGUGUGAAGUUUACAACCUGGAAAAAGACUUCAAAAGAAUGCUGAAACAUGCACUCGGACCUAAUUAUAAGGAUGAAAAUAUAAAGCAAAAGAAAGAGACGUUAGCUAAGUUAAUUUCCGCAAGUCGAAAACCAAGAUCAACCAGACCAAAAGAAAGAUCUCUUCAACCGGUGAUUGAUUUUGAAAAGUCAAACAAUCUUGAUGAAUCCAUUCCACACGAGUGUGAACAAAUACCACUGAAUUCUUUAAAUAUACAACAAGAUCAGCCACAGUCUGUAGAAUGUAACGUAUGUAGGUAGCAGUUUAUUUGUGUAAAAAAAAAAAUCGAUUUUAUCAUCAUCUUUAGUAAGAUUGUAUGUAUACCAUAGCUCUGUAGUACACAAACUCUUUUUUUUCUUUCUUUAUUUCAUACUUACCAAAAGCAAGACAACGAUAAGAGAGUGAAUGAUUUAUUAAAAUUUUCGGCGAAACUAGCCUUGUAUAUUUUUCCACUUUAAACGUGAUUUUAUUUGAGCAAUUAAAUUCUUCACUUUCAUUGAUGCAAUUGUAUAAUCUUCAUAUUGUUUUUUUCUUUCUAUGUAUUAUUAUACUGUGUCUUAUCAGUACCUUCACUAUGUCAUUUUCUAACAUGUGUCUGAUUUAUCAAUCACCAAGCUCACUGUCAUCAACUGUGUCUGCAUAUCCGUACAACUUAUUUGUUACUAAUGAAUAUUUUGGAUUUUAAUACAACUAACCAACGAGUACAUUUCUUUGAUAUUAUAAUUUUUCAAAAAUUUUUACUAAUUUCUGCAAAAACAAAGCACAUCUCUGGUUCAUAUCUCGCCCAUUAUUGAAUAUUUGUAAAGGACCUUUUUCAGAUUGAAAUUCGUUGAUAAGAAUUUUAUAAAAAAGAGCAACUCAAUCAGCGACGAUUGUCUCCCGGGGAAGUCAAAACAUUUAUAAGGCACCAUAAUUGAAGCCAAUUUUUAUAAUUGUUUUUUCAAAUUUCUAUCGAUUUGUUGGAUGACUAUUUUUAUUUAUUCUUGUCUGUUUGAAACUGUAUAAUAUGAGACUUGAGAUAUCUAGAAUUAAGAUUUUGACUUACAGUGGCAAAACAAAACAAAUUUGCUGGAUGACUUUUCAUUUAUUCAUGCAUGAUCAUUUCAUUCCUAUCCGUUGUGUGUAAUAAAAUUACUCACGUAAAAUGUUUGAUACUUUAUUGAUGGGACUGUAGAAAUAGAUCUCUAGAAUGGAGAAUAUGACUGCUGACAGUGGUAAAACUAAUUUGUUGGAUUACUUUU